AUGAACAAAGUGUUUGUCCUCUUCUCAUCAAAAGGAGACAACUUGAUGCUGCAAAUAGAAGGUAAACCAAAGAUUGCAGCAGAAGUUCUUGAAGGUAUGAGACAAUACUUAAUGGUUGUGAAUCCAGAUGAAAGGAAGAUUAGGGAAGAGAGAAUCAAAUCAUCUUUGAAAGAGGUUGAAAAAGAUCCAAUAGCUAAAAAAACUGUUCUGCGUUUAGAACCGCCACCGUUAGUCUCAUAUGAUAUCAACAAAGGAAAGGGGAUUGUUUAUGACUAUGAAAUGGCCGAGACAAACUCUAGAAAGGAUGUUACCGCUUCUUCAGACCAGAAAUUGUUGUCCUCUGCCAUAAAAGCUGGAACAGCUAUGAAUUGGGAGUCGCAGCUUCAAUCUAUUCAUAGCGAUAAUGUGGUUUGCUCUGGUAUGGUUGAUCCUCUAUUUUUCCAGAAUUGUUCAACGGAAUAUGGCUCUGGUUUCUCUGAAGCUAGUCCACCCGGGACAAAACUGAAAAGACAGUAUGUGAGGAAGAGACCUUAUGUUAGCAGAAGAAAGAUAAAAGGAGCGGAGGUUCAAAGUGAUUUGAGUAAAGCAAAGAAAAAUCAUGGUUUGGAGAAAGGGAUCGUGGAUAAAAGGAAGACAGAAUCUGUAAGAAAAAAUUCUCCCAAAGGUGCUAAGACCAACAACAAAGAGAUGGUCCCAAAUGAGGGACCGUCCAACGCUUAA